GCCUCCAAUUGGCUCUUUCAUUGCUUCCUGUCAGAGGACUGGGACCUGAAAAGAACAUGACCAAAUACUACCUCUGGUUCUUGCUCUUCUACCUGUUCACAGAGCCAAGAGCUUCCAGAGAGAAUGAUGCCCCAGUAAUGGUGACAGGGAUUCUGGGAGAGUCAGCUAUUCUACCCACAGAAAUACCAAAUGGAUAUAAACUUGAGAACAUUAACUGGGCCUCCCGUACAUCUGUUGCUCUUGUGCAACCAGAAGGACAAUCUGUCAAGAUCAUUACAACCCAUCAAAAUUAUAGGGAUCGACUGAAUGUCCCACCCAAUACAUAUAACUUGAAGAUUAGCCCCCUGAAGAUGGAGGAUGCUGGAUCCUACAGAGCUGACAUAAAUCUUCAGAAUCCUACAACUUCUACCACCUUCACCAUCACCAAGAACUAUACCCUGCAUGUCUACAGACAACUGGCACCACCAAAAAUUACUUUGACUUUUGUAGCCUCUGAGAACAACACCUGUAACAUCUCUCUGACAUGCUUCAUGGAGGAGGGAGGAGAAGCUGUGAAGUACCAGUGGACUCCUCUGGGAGAACAAGCUGUUGAAUCCAAUGGGAAAUCUAGUCUUUUCAUCUUCCAAAGACCUAAGGAUGCUCCCAUAAAUUACACCUGCACAGCCAUAAACCCUGUCACCAACAAUUCUCAAUCCAAAUUUGUUCAAUAUCCUUGUGCAGGUACUUUAGUCAUUUUUGAUCCUUUCUGGUAUACUCUUCUGUCUGUCUUGGAAAUGGUGAUUGUCAUCAUUCUGACUGGCAUGGGGUUUUACCUGAGGCACAAGAAAAAACAAGAGCCAAGAGCUUCCAGAGAGAAUGAUGCCCCAGUAAUGGUGACAGGGAUUCUGGGAGAGUCAGCUAUUCUACCCACAGAAAUACCAAAUGGAUAUAAACUUGAGAACAUUAACUGGGCCUCCCGUACAUCUGUUGCUCUUGUGCAACCAGAAGGACAAUCUGUCAAGAUCAUUACAACCCAUCAAAAUUAUAGGGAUCGACUGAAUGUCCCACCCAAUACAUAUAACUUGAAGAUUAGCCCCCUGAAGAUGGAGGAUGCUGGAUCCUACAGAGCUGACAUAAAUCUUCAGAAUCCUACAACUUCUACCACCUUCACCGUCACCAAGAACUAUACCCUGCAUGUCUACAGACGACUGGCACCACCAAAAAUUACUUUGACUUUUGUAGCCUCUGAGAACAAUACCUGUAACAUCACUCUGACAUGUUUCAUGGAGGAGAAAGGAGAAGCUGUGAAGUACCAGUGGACUCCUCUGGGAGAACAAGCUGUUGAAUCCAAUGGGAAAUCUAGUCUUUUCAUCUUCCAAAGACCUGAGGAUGCUCCCAUAAAUUACAUCUGCACAGCCAUAAACCCUGUCACCAACAAUUCUCAAUCCAAACUUGUUCAAUAUCCUUGUGCAGGACGAAUUGGAGAGGAGAGAAAUUGGAAGGAGGGAGACGAUUUUAAAAACUCUUACAAAAGUCCAGGAAUGCCAAUGUCCUCUAGGUCACUCUGGUUUAUACUGGUGCCUGUCCUGGUAUUAGUGCCUUCAGCUGGGAUAUUGUUUUAUCUACAACACAAGAAAAAAAAAGAUGCUGAUUCACCGUCCACUUCCAAGGUCAUGGCCCUAAAAGACCUCCCACUUUCAGAAAACCAACUCUAUGAUGAAAUCAGCAUGCCCAAGGCAAUUGUCUCCAAUCCUCCAAAAGAAGAAGAAGCCCUGAAUACUAUUUAUUACACAGUACAGAAGCCCCAAAAGAUUAAAAAUUCUUGUUCAUCUGCUACCAAACUUCUUGGGACCUCUACCAAUGAUUCUGUGAUCUAAAUGACAGCGAAGUUUAUCCUCUUCCCAGGAAAGGACAUUUGAUGGCAGGAAGACUUCAGCCUGUUAAAAGAAAUAUGGGUUCAGGCCUCAUCCUGGUCAAUGAGGCAAACUCAGGAAAAGAAAGGAGAAAGUAUUUUAUUAGCACACCAAGGCAGCAAGCAGUUAGAAUGCAGCCAGACCCAUUACAAACUGAGCCAGUUUUUAUAGACUGGAGUAAACAACUUCCACAUAAGAACAAAAGUAUGCUGAUUGGUGGUGCAACACCAAACUGGACUUAUAUCAUUCCUCUAUCUUUAACUGCAUCAUCUUAAUCUGGACUGCCUGUAAUACAAGGUAGGCCUUGGGAAUAGUGCCUUACACUGGGGGAAACACUGUAAACAUAAGCAACAUAUAAUCCCCAUGACAAAACACCUGAGAGGGUCCACAAACAGAUAUUCCAGCCAUGAGAGAUCAGGAAGCCAAGAAGUUAACCAUUGCCAUGGGGGACCAGCAUUCUUUCUCAUCCUCCUAGAACUCAUUUUUGUAUUGAGACCAGAUGGACAUGAAUGUUAUCAGAAUUAUCAGCAACCUGUAUGCAGCUCUCCUGACCUAUGAGGACACAUCGCCCUCCCCACUUUGCCAGGAGGUAAUCCAGAGGAGUCUGUUCUGUAAGACCACAUCUCCAAGGGUAUAGAUCUCUGCACUAGGUUCGUCCACAGCAUCUAUGGAUUCAUUAACACAAAUCUGUAAAAAUUCAUUCAUUCUGUUGAAGAGUGCUAAACUGUGUCUGACCCUAUACAUGGGCAAUACGGUGGAAAAGGCACCCACUAGAGUGAUUCUCCCACUAGAGGAGAAAAUGUGGCAGAAACUUGGAUAGCUGCAUGUUUGUUCUGCAAGUAGGUGCUAAGAGGCAGGGUAGAUGCUUGAAAACCAAGAAGAUCUCUUUCCAUCCCUCGCUGUCUCUGCCAAUUUUGGGGAAGCUAAUAAUAAGUUGUGUUGUGACACAAGAAAUGAAGUCCUUGUGGGGCUCUCCUAAAAAAUCUCCUUGUGUGUGCCUGGCCUCCUAACUUAAGACUUUCUCAGAAGAUCAUUCUAUUCCCAAAUAAUCACAUUCUGUUUCAGGGAUAGGUAUAAUUACAUCUUAUUUGGGAUCCCAUUUUUUGCCCUUGUGUCUCAUUUUGCUCAUAGCACAGUAUCAAUGGCCUAAUAACAUAGCCCAAGCUCAAGGGAGGCCAGAAUUGGGAAAGGUUAGCGAUCUUAUUCCAACUAAAGGUAAAUGAGUGAGAGAAAUAAUUUUUCCAGUCUAUAACAAUACAAUUUAACAUUUUGUUUAAGUUUUCCUUAAUGAUUGCAAAAGAAUAGUCAUGCAAGUCCUGGACAUCUGAACCCAUGCCUACCAAGGGUAUCCCUUUCCCCAAGGCCAAAGGGGCAUGUGCAUGUAUCCAGCAGUUGAUCCAGCUAAAGGCAUGGAGGGCAUUUUGGAUCAGACACACAUAAGUGUUGGGUCUCCUGUUCCAUCCCCAAGGGCACAAAGCAAGGCAUAAAGUGAAGAAGACAAAUACAUGGUAGAUUGCAGAUGAAAUAUUAGGUCCUAAUUAUCAGAGUCAAACAGAUGACCAAGGACCAUUGAUUGCUGUUGGGGUUUCUUCCCAGUUUACCUGGGUCCAGUGGCUGAUCAGAGUUUGCUGCUUCUGUUAAGCUGGGGUCAAUCACAGCAGGCUUCACAUGGGAGUGAUGUAUCCAGGCUAUCCGCUUGGCACCCUUGAUGGCAGUAUGUCUGGUCAGCAGGAUCUGGAAAGGCCCAUUCCAAGAGGGCUGGAGACUAGAUGUCUUCCUGAAGUUGUGGGUCCACACUUAGCCUCCUCACUCAAAUGAAUACAUCUCCUUUUCCAAAGGUAGAAUUUGUGUCAAGGCUGCCUCCUUCCAGACCUGUGAAAGAGAACUGGACAGAGAUCAUAUACCUUAUCAGGCUUUCAUCCCCUGUGGCCAGACUCAGGCUCUGAGGGUCCAACCUCCAAGUAGCAGUAGGUGAUCUACUGAACAGAAUUUCAAAAGGUGACAAUCCACAAUCCUGCCUACUGGAACAACACAAGGGGAAGCACCUGAGGACAUUUUAACUGUGUUUUCUGGCAUAAUUUUCCAAAAAGCGUCCAUUUAACCACUCAACUCUCCCUGAUGAUUGUGUGAGUGAUAAGGGGUACACAGGUUCCCAAAACACUUGGAGAGUUGCUUAGUUAUUUCUGCAGAAAAGUGUGGCCCCUGAUUGGAGUCAAUAGUACAUGGCAGGCCAGAUUAUUAUUAUAUUAUUAUGUCCUUGAUCAGACACCUUGCCAAUGUGUUUGCUGCAGCAUGUUGUCACUGGAAAGGCCUCUACUCAAUGGCUCGAUUGUUCUCUGCAUACCAACACGUAACUGUAACCCAUAGACUUUGGCAAUUCAAUAAAGUCAGUCUGCAGGUGUUCAAA